UGGUCAAUAAAUUAUUUCAGCAAAAAUGCUUCCACUCGCCGCUUUAACGUACUUGCUCUUAUUGGUGCCCACAAAUCGGGCAUUUUCUUGCUUCAACUUUGUGACUCUCACGGUGUUUCGCGAGAACUUCAAACUGGUUUUACAACGGGCGGAUACCGUGGAAAACGAGCCGCUUGGCACGGAGAUUGUGGUGGAAAAUCAGCACGUUCCUUUGCUGCAAACCGGGUGUUUUAAAAACUUGUCGAAGCUGCGGUACAUUAAAGUGGUUCAGUGUGGACUUGAGGAGAUUGAACCCAGUGCCUUCUACAAUCUGCCCAAACUCAGGACGAUCGAUCUGGGAUUUAACAAUCUCAAAGAGAUAAUAAAUGGCAUAUUUCACUCCCUGGCUAUAGUCAAGUUGUCGCUGAAAGCAAAUGCAAUCGAAACCAUUCGAGAGCAUGCCUUUUACAACUUAACGUUGCUGGAAAGUUUGGAUCUGAGCAGCAACAAGCUACAUUAUUUAAGUCCGGAGAUGUUUUUCCGAACAUACCAAAUCAGCAGGCUGGAUUGCAGCCACAACGAUCUGCAACAAGUGGACGAGUUGUUUUUUUGGGACAUAUUCGGCUCCAAUCGGGACGACGUUUCAUCUCUAAUUGACUUGAGCUUUAACAAUCUGAGCACAAUUGAGCGAGACACUUUUAAAGGAGUCUUUUAUAUAAACUCAUUGUUACUGCAUCACAAUAGCAUUAAAGAGAUUAAUAGUGAGGCCUUUCAUGGCCUCAAAUCAGGCGUCAGUCUAGAUGUGAGAUACAAUAAACUAGAUGGGUUGGAUGAUAUAGAACUUCUGAGACUCGCUGCUGGAAAGUUCGAGGAUAUCCUUGACGACUGGGACCAGUAUACCGAAGACUUACUCAUUGGCAUUGAAAACCUUUAAAAAAUAACAAUAAAAAUCCGUACCUGUUUUCUA